AAUACGGAAUUAUACUGUUACAUAUACAAUUCCAUAUUAAAGUAUGCACCCAAAAAAAGGACAUCCCACAUCCAAAUUCUCACAUUAACAAAUAAAAAAAAAUCUAAAUCACGCAUAAUCAUCUUUUAUGAGUAAUAAAAUACAAAAAGAUAAAAUUGAAAUUCUCUACCACUGCUCUAUGGGUUUAAUUGCAAAAUAAAAAAAAGUUCGCUGCUUGGUUAGCAAUAAUGCAGCUUCAACUAAGGAUGAUACUGACCUUCCUUCAUAAACUUUCCCAUGUGCUCCCUCGCCGAUUUUGGUGCCGAUAAACAACAAUUUCGGAUCAACAAGCAGGCUUGCGUCGAUGGUCAACUCCGGUUCCGCAGUCAAGCCGUUCCGGUGAGGGCUUCUCAAUUCUUCCUCCUCAACUCUGUUCCUCUCUCCGCCGCUGCAACUCAUGGUUGCAACUUCGCAACCUCAAAUUAUACCGCAAUUUCUCAUUUCAAAGUCUGAAUAAAAAAUAAAAAUAAAAAAUCCCUCCCAAUCUCUACAUACAAUCACACCAUAACCAUUACCCAACCCCCAAAACCAACUCAAAAUCAGCUGAAACCCAACGCUCCUUUCAAUUUCCACUGCAUUCUUAAACUCCAAAACCAAACACCGAGAAAAUCAAUCAUCCAGAAACCGUUCAGAUUCCUCAAGGAUUAAUCCCCGAAUCCACAAAACUUCUUUUCCUUUCCCUUUCCCUUUCCUGGAGAAAAUUAAACUUUAUAAGAGAAUAACCUCUGUCUCAGACUUUCUCAAAAUAAAUCACUUGAACUGGAAGCGUCCUCUGAAGGGAAAAAAAACAAGAUGAGAGACGAAAGAAACUUACAGUCCACGCAAAAUUUUCCCGAUAAAAAAAAAAAGAAAGAAACAAAAAGGAAACUUAUCCGAGAAAACACUCAACGUCGGCGGUGGAAAAAUUUCAGUGACAGCAGUGGGAGUUUGAAGUUCGAAUCCUAAAUUCGAAGAGAAAUUAAAGGAAAACCGAGAAAGGGAGGAGGUUUUUUUUCCCGACAGAAAGAUGUGUGGGCGUCCGACGAUGAUGGGUGAGGAGGAAGAGGAGGAUAAUAUUCCGAGAAUCCGGUGUCUGUUCCGACGAGGGUUUUACAAAAAGUGGGGGUAGAAAAAUAAUAAUAAUAAUAUUAA